AGCAGCUGCUGAGGACAUGGCUGUGACUAAUUCAGGUUCGCACGCUGCAAACACAGAGAUUAGAAAGAAGCUGGAGCUGAACCGGCAGAAAAGAAACAAACCCGAGAUCAACAGAGGCCAAGCGCCUACUGCAGGCUGUGCCGCUUCCUCGUCGCUGCCAGCAAACGUUCCAAAAAAAAGUCAGCUUUACAAGAGAAAUAGCAUGGGAGAGACUCUUCUCCACAAGGCGUGCCAGAAAAGUGAUAUGGCUCAAGUCAGGAUGCUCCUAAAGGCUGGAGUCGGCGUCAACAUUGAGGAUUAUGCAGGAUGGACCGCUCUGCAUGAUGCCUCUGCUGCUGCAGACAAGUCUGUGGUCGAAGAGCUGCUGAGGGCCGGGGCCAACGUCAACGCCAAGUCCUGUGAUGGUGUGACACCGCUGCUUAAUGCUGUUUCUGCUGGGCACUAUCAGGUUGUAAAACUUCUGCUUGAAAAUGGAUCAAACCCCUCUGAUGGGAAUCUUAGUGCUUCAGACAUUGCUGAGGAGGGUGGCAUGAAAGACCUGCUCAGGAAGUUUCAAACAUCUUCUGAGGGGCAGGGUAAGCCUUGCAAAGGGUCAGCACCAUGUGGAGAACCAGGAUCUAAGCAUAGGACUGUGACAAACUUUAAUCAAAGAGGAGUGGGCGAUGAAGGUGGAGGAAAUACUCAUGAUGGUGCUGGACACGACAGAGACGGUUCUACUCAACAGGAGCUGAGUCCAGAACCAGUGAGCCAACUGCAACUGUUGAGAAAUAUAAAAGUUGUACAUUUGAUGGACGAUGAUAUGUUCAUACCCAGUGCUUUAAUGGAUUACUACUGGGACAAGCUUCUGAAGCAAAACAGCCAAGAAUUUGAAGACUGGGAUACCCCUCUCUAGUUUUGUUUUAAAAUAUUUAAGUAGGUGUUUGCAUAUCAUUCUGUAUGGAUUGUGUUUUAUUUCACACUUUUAUUUAUUGUGCAUUUGCCUACAGUCUGUAGACAGCAUUUACAUUGUUUAUGCCUCAGAAGUCAGCGAGAAGUGUUUAUUAGUUAACUAGUUAUUUAUAUUCUGUAGAAUUGUAUCUGAUGUAGAAUGUUUCCAGAGUAUAUUAAGGUUUCCAUGUCCUCUUUGUAAUUUAUUAACUCACUUCAUAAAACAAAACACUUUUGUUCACUGUUGUUGUAUAGGCUUAGGAAAUUU